AAACCCACGUAAUUCCAGCCAAUCAAUCCAUUUUGACCCAGCCCUUUUCCUACUAACCUUCUCCUCUUCAAUUCCUUCCCUUCCCUUCCCUUCCCUUCUUGGUCGGCUGCAAUCGUGCUUCCCAAAUUCCCAAUUUUUUUAAUUCACAAAUUCCAAUCUAAUUCAAUAGAAUGCCAAUUCUUCUUCAUUGGAGGACAACAAGGUUGUAGUUUCCAAUGUCCAGGGCCCGCGAAUGGUGGCGCCGUACCACCGCCGCGGCCAAGGAUCGCCGGAGUCUAUACCUCUGCCGAAUUCGCGGCGGCGCUAAGCGGCCUUGGGGCGUCGAUCUUGAGAGCGCCGUGAUCCGCGCGACGAGCCACGACGAGCGCGCCGUGGACUACUCCAGCGCCGGUCGCGUCUUCACCUGGGCGCGAGCCUCCCCGUCCUUUCUCAAACCCCUCAUGUGGAGCAUCGCCCGCCGCGCCACCCGCACCUCCUCCUGGCCCGUCGCCCUCAAGUCCCUCCUCAUCGCCCACGGCCUUAUCCUUUCCACCACCGCCGGCGCCGGCUCUUCUCUCGGCCGCCUCCCCUUCGACCUCUCUGAUUUCCGGGACCGCUCCUCCCCCGCCUUCUCGUCCUUUGUCCGUGCCUACUUCCGGUUCCUCGACCUCCGAUCGGUCUCCACCGACCUCGAUCCAACUGACCUUUAUGACCUAGAGACCCUCCAGGAGCUCCUUGACCUUCUUCUCCAGAUCCGCCCCUGCUCCGAUGGAAUGGAGGUGAGUCUCAUCCUGGAGACCAUGGACUGCGUGCUUAUCGAGGUCUUCGAGAUCUACAGCGGCAUUUGCAGCGGGAUCGCCGGCUUCCUGGUGGGAUUCCUGGGAUCGAAAACAAGGGAUCUCGGCGACGUGGAGAAGAAGCAGGGUGUGGUGGGAAUCAAGGUUUUGAAGCGCGCCGGCGAGCAAAGUGUUAAGCUCACCGGCUUCUUCGAGGUUUGCAAGGGCUUAGGGGUCAGCAAUGCCCGAGAGCUGCCGGCCGUCGAGCGGGUACCCGACGAGGACAUUGAGGACCUUGAGAGGCUGGUGAUCGCCGGAGGAGGAGGAGGGAUAGACCGGGAAGAACGGCAGGGAAGUCCGGCGACGGUGGUGACGGAGGAGUGGGUAGUCUUCGAGGAGACGGAGGGGUAUUUUGGGAAUAAGGAUAGGUAUUGUCGGAAUCCGGCUGUUGUCGAUGAUGUCAGGGAUUUGAUUCUGUUUGAUUGAGACUUGAAAUAUGAUGUCAUAUCCAUUUUUGUGUCAACCUUUUUCUUUUUCCUUUUUCUUUUUUUCUUUUUACUUUUGUUUAUAUAUUUUGU